AAAAGUAAGGUGCACGCGCGCAGCGCCUCCGACUUGACGAAAUGGCGGUGGUAGUACGACUGGUUAUAUUAGCAAUAUGCGCGUGCGCAAACGCGCAGUACGCGGAGGAGCGCGCGCCGCGGUACAUCGCGACCGAAUCGAAAACUGCCCCGCCGCCACCUGUAGCCAUCCUUAAACAAAUUAAUAGGCACAAUGAGGAUGGUUCGUACACAUACGGCUAUGAAGGUGGUGAUGGAUCCUUCAAAAUCGAGACCAAGUCGCCCAGUGGAGAGGUGAAGGGGAAAUAUGGUUACAAAGAUGAUACUGGAAAGCUACGAGUGGUCGAGUACGGAGCGAACAAGUACGGUUUCCAGCCAGCCGGCGAGGGGAUCACAGUCGCGCCCCCCACUCUGGUCGACGAGUCCACCAGGGAUGAAGGCUUGAGGCCUAGCAAGAACCAGCAGGGCGGCCGCUCCCAAUACCGCGCGCCCGCUCAGUCUAUCGACUACGACUACGACGAGCCGGCGCCCCGGCCCGCGCCCCGGCCCGCGCCCCAGCAGUACCGCCCCGCGCCCCAACCCGCGCCCCAACAGUACCGCCCCACUCCCGCGCCCCAGCAGUACACGCCGCCCCAACAGCAGUACAGGCCGCAGCAGUCCGCGCCUGCGCCACCUAAGCCGCAGUUCUUCGCGGGAGCAGCCCCCGCGCCGGCGGAGGACCUGUUCAGCCCCGCGCCGGCCGCGCGCCCGCAGCAGUACCGCCCCAAGCAGGACUUCAGGCCCGCGCCCCAGCCGCAGCAGUUCGCGCAGAGACACACAGAGGUGGACUUCAACCAGGAUUUCGCCCCCUCUGCGCCGCAGCCCCGUUUCCCCCCCAACCAGUUCCCCCCACAGAGAAACCAACCCUACUCCAUGUUAGACGAACUGCUCAAGGAAUACGCGCUCCCGAAGGGGGGCGCAGCCGCCGUACACGACAUCACGUUUGGAUCCUAUUAGUUUAAACAAAUUUGUAAAUAAUUAGUGUUUUGUAUUUGUAAUUAAAUGAAUAUUUAGUUCCCAA